AUGAAGUCAAUAUCAAGGUCUCUGGCGACUUAUCGCCUUCUAUCCCUCCUCGUCCUGUCAGGCCUGGUGCCUGGCAUCACUGCACAGUGUUUCAACCUCGAUGGCUCAUCAGUGACCGAUCCGGGCGUCGUUCCGUGCCUUCAGAGCGGCGCGAACAGCAACAGCGCCAGCAUGUGCUGCAAUCUCGGUCGUCAACCAAGUCGAGUCAAAGAACGACAAGCCACCAAUGGUGACGACAGCGCACUCACCGAAAAUGCGUCCGGUCAACAGCAGCUUGAGUUCACCGGGCCCGACAUCUGCCUCGCCAACGGUCUCUGCCAACUGCAACUCGCCGACGCGCAGACGGGCCGUGCGGUCACGCCUGCACUGUUCAGCCGGGAUUCGUGCACGCAACCAGACUGGUCUGGAGGCUGUCUCCGCGAUGUUUGCUCCUCGGUCACGGGCGACAACGCGGCCAUAACCUCGUGCGGGGGCUCCAACCAGACGACGCAGUGGUGCUGUGGAUCGGCUGGCUCGUCCACGACGGCCAACUGCUGUGCCAACUGGCCGAACCACCCCAAUGCGGUUCAGGUGCCCGCAUUGUUUGGGGCGUCUUCUUCCUCCUCACCGUCUUCAGGCGGCUCGGCCGACCUUCCACGUGUUGGCCAAUCCGGGCCCUUUACCUCGGUGUCUGUUUCCGUCGGCUUUGGCGGCGUUGUGACCCUCGUGACAGUGACCGUUAAUGGCGCAAGCCAGGGGCCCACGGGGUCGACGCUUGCACCAUCGGCCACGACUGUCGGGUCCGUCGUCUCGCGGCCAGCAACAAACACGCCGGCGUCGACCCAGGCCACCGUAUCGAGCAAUCUGAGUUUGAUUGGGACGGCUCUCGGUGCUGAAGCGUCAAGAACCGGCAGCAGCGAUACGAGCGACAACGGCGAGGCUGCGCUUGUGACCGACGCCUCGGGGCUCAGCACGCAGGAAGUGGCGGGCAUCGUGGCUGGACUCGUGGUCCUCGUUGUUAUUCUCGUCAGCGUCGGAUGUUUCAUGGCCGAAAAUAUGUACAAGAAGCGGCAGCAGCGGUACCGAGCGCGCCAGCUGGACGCGGCGAUGAAGCAAUCUGCCUUUCCGCUAGCGAAGUCGAGGCCUUUGAUGUAA